UAUCUGCACAAUCAUAAGCUUAAAUUUGGCAACUUUUUCCUCUCUUUCGCCAAAGAAAGUAUUUUUGUUGAACAUUGUGCGGCAACUUGAAUUGGGUUAGCCCAGUAAAGUUGAGCAGAAUCUUGGGGACAAAGAACAAAUUGAUAGGUUUAGCUUGAAUUGCAAGGAAUCCUCAGCCAAUUUAGUCAAGAUAAUAUGAUGACGAUGAGGACGACGAGGAGUUACUUUUUGUCAUUUUUGUCGUGAAAAUAACUGUAGACGAAUAAUAAUUAAUAGAAACAGAGGUAUUCGGUCGUUAAAACAUUUGGUUAGAUGGAGAGUCCCAUCAUUAGCACCCCUUUACCUUGUUCGUUUCACAACUGGUGAACAGCUCGGGUGGCCUAAUUCUUCUUGCUGCUUCCAAUCCCCGCGCUUCGCUCCUCCUCUCUGUGUAUGUGCCUCUGCUUGGGUGCUUUGGACUUGGUUUCUGCUUCAACAGUUGGUCCUGACUUAAUAGAUUACGCGUUGUUGCUGUCCUUGUAAUUGCUGCUAUGACACACUCUCUUUCAUGUUGGGAAGACAGAGUAACCUAAAAGAAGUUUUUCAACUAUAAUCAUGAGCGCUAAUUCCCCCAUUGGCAUCAAAGAUCAGAAGGAAAAACAAAAUUUCCUUGUUGAGGUUUCAAAUGCAGAAAAACAGUUGUGGGCACUGAUUCAAACAAAAGGUCUCUUGCAGUCCGAUAUUCAAGAGUCAUAUAGAAAGAUCUGUUCUAGCUAUGAGAAAAUCCUGCUAAAUGUUCCAGAACGAGAACAUCAAGAUGUUGAAUAUUCUCUAUGGAGGCUUCACUAUAAGCAUAUUGAUGAAUUCCGUAAAAUAAUAAAGAGAAGUUCCAUUGACUCAGAGACUACAAAAUUAAUGGCACCACAAAAUGUUGCUGCUGUGAAGAGUUCUGACAAUCAUGUAGGUAGAUUUAAUUCAUUUCUUUCAGAAGCAGCUGAAUUUUAUAGCAGUCUGAUCGUCAAACUCAGGACAUGUUAUGGGCUACCAGAAGAGUUGUCCAUCUCUGAAGGGGGUUGCAUGUCCACUACCCUUGAACAAAAGAAAGUACGGAUAUCCCAAUUUUUAUGCCAUCGCUUUCUAGUUUGUCUUGGAGAUCUUGCCAGAUACAGAGAACAAUAUGGAAAACCUGGCGUAGAGAGGCACAACUGGUCGAUUGCAGCCAGCCACUACUUAGAAGCAACAAUGAUCUGGCCUGAUAGUGGAAACCCUCAGAAUCAGUUGGCAGUAUUGGCAACCUAUGUCGGCGAUGAAUUUCUUGCUUUGUACCACUGCAUACGAAGUUUAGCUGUAAAAGAACCUUUUCCAGAUGCGUGGAAUAACCUCAUUUUGCUAUUUGAAAGGAACAGGUCAUCUCAUUUGAUUUCCCUUUAUAGCGACAGCCACUUUGAUUUCUUAAGACCGUAUGAAAGAAGCUUUGUCCGGGCCACAUCACGUUCGUGUGACUCAAAAAACGAUGUGGGGAAGGCUGCAUGUAAUGGCUUGGAAGAGACAAAUUUGUGGCCUCUUAUCAUCAUGUCAACAAGUUUCUUUUUUGUAGAGUCCAGAUUGGAGGACUUCCCGAAGGCUUUUGCAUCCACUGUAGAAAUGUUGGAUGCGUUGAUGUUACUGGAUGAUACAAAAUUGAAAGCUUCUUUGGAAUCAUAUCAAUGCAGUGGCUCAGCUAGAGCAGGCCCUUUCCGUGCUCUUCAAGUUGUUUCCAUUUUUAUUUUUGUCAUUGAUAAUCUAUUUAAGGACCCAAAAGUAAAUAGCUCAAAGGACAAAAAUGAUCUGCAUCAGCUUGAGUUAAUACAAUUGGCAAUGGCAGCAACAUUCGUUUUCAUGGGACGUUUUGUUGAUAGAUGUUUGAAGGCGAAUAAGUUGGUCUCUUUUCCGCUUUUACCAGCUGUGCUUGUAUUUGUCGAAUGGUUGGUGAAUGUCCUUGAUCACGCAGAGAAAUAUGGGACUGAUGAUAAGAGUCUAAGUGCUAUGUCUUACUUUUUUGGUGCUUUCAUUGAACUUCUGAAGAAGCUUGGUGCCAAAACUAGUGAAGUCAUUUCUUCAAAUAGUACUGCACUUUGGGAAGACUAUGAGUUAAGGGGCUUUGCACCAAUUACUUGUGCUCAUGUCUCACUAGAAUUUUCAACUCAAUGGGGACUUGCAGAAAGUUUUGAAAGCAGAGCUGAAUUCCGGGCUCACCGCAUUAUUAGUGCUGCAACAAAGAUCGCUGUGAGAUCAAGUAACACUCGUAAGUGGAUCUUGUAUGAUGAAGUGGGAAUCAAAUUCGGUGGGGCAGAUUUUCUACCGAGGACAGAAUCAGAGAAGGCGGAAUCCACCUGUAAUGAUCUCGAAGUAAAAGAGCCUCACCAGCAUAUCUACAGGGUCACAGAGGGAUGUGAUAGAGAGAUUGUUGAGGAGGAAAGCUUAAGUAAACGUUCUGUUGAUGGAAAAUCCGUAGCUGUGGAGGAGGAAGAAGUCAUUCUAUUAAAACCUCUGACUAGAUAUAAUUCAGCUCCACUUUAUGGUUCUAAUGGUGAUGAUAAAAUGUUGUCUAAAAACACGGGUGAUCAAACAGUUCCUGCUGAUGAAUGUCUACGGCGUGCUACGUCGCUAUUAAUAGCACAAAACCAGGCUGAGGGAGAUUCUUUCACAUUUCAUUCUGACCUGAGUAAUUUCAGUUCUAACAAGGCAGUCAAGCAGACAGAGUCUCCUAUAAAGGAAACAGCAGCUCACCCUUUUUCAGAAAUGCCGAUUGGUGCAGGGCCUCCUUCACUCAGUUCCUGGGUUCUCAAUAGAGGAAAUUUGAACAAUGACAGGGAAAAAAAGAAGAAUGUUUUGAAUAGACACGGGUUGACACCUAUCGAGGAAUCCUUCCAUGAUCUUUCUGUCAGUGAAAAUGAGGGUUCUAUCAUCAGUUCUGGACAUGUAUCUGCAACCACAUAUUACCCUUCUCCUUAUUCAGCACCAGUGCCUUCUGCCCCCUCAUUACCUGAUGAUGCUGUUUGGUUUAGAAGUCUUCAAGCGAAUUUCUCUGACCAGAUGAGCCCCAGUAAUAUAGGCAAAACGGAUACUUAUGCAUUAAAGGACAAUGGUUUCCCGAGUUGGAUGGCUACUACUCAUAGACCAGUUGAUUAUUGUCCCAGUGUCCCAGGCUUCAUGCAUGGCUAUUCACCAUCUGGAGGAAUGACUUCUUCGGAAUGGCUUCGGAAAUACAGAGAAGGUAAGAGUCUUGAGGGAGUCAACAGUGACCAGCCAGUUCAUUCAUAUGUUCCUAGGAACCCAGAAAACUUCAAUGUUCGUGAUGCUUCCAGGUUUGAUCUUUCUGAUCAAUGGCGAGCACCGUCGACUUCUAAUCCACUGAUGUAUGCGGAUAGGCCUCCGCCAUUUUAUCCCAGCUUCCCUCUUGUUUAUGGAGUGGAGCAACAGAGACGCAGGAAUUUUAAUGGUUUUGAAAGACCAAAUCCUUAUGGGGUUGGUGGUAGGGCAGACUUCAGAGAUGAACCACCACCCCUCCUACAUUACCUGAAAGAGCGAGAAUGGCUACUCCAGCGGGAUCCAACCCUCGGAGGUCCGGCAUAUAUGGGAAAUUGAAGUUUUUGCAGAAGAUUGUUGAUCUGAUUAUUGCAAGAAUUGCCUUUUUUCUUUGGGAUUUCCUCCUCUGCCUAUGCGUGAGAUUCCAUAGGCCUUACAUAUAUCAUCUUGAAGUUUACAUGUAACAUAUGAAAUCUAUGAAUCUGUGAAUCUGUAUGUAAAUGCUUUUCUUUUUAAGAAGUAGAGAGGAGAACCUGUUUCUGCUGCUCUGGUUGGCAACUUG